AUGAUAUCGGCUGAAAUACCUGAUAGAUCUGUUGAUCUUGACGGAUAUGAAGCAGUAGAGAAUUUUAUGAUACAUGGUCCUUGUGGUAUUGCAAAUGUUAACUGCCCAUGCAUGGUUAAUGGAAAAUGCAGCAAGUGCUUUCCGAAAAAAUAUUCAGAAGAAACUAUGUUGGAUGAUGAAGGGUUCCCAAUAUAUAGAAGGCGGAAGACCGAUGCUUUCGUAGAAAAACAAGGAAUCAUAUUAGAUAACCAGUUUGUCAUCCCAUACAAUAGAAACUUGCUUGUGAAGUUCCAAGGCCAUAUCAAUGUUGAGCUGUGCAACCACUCACGGUCUAUAAAAUACUUGUUCAAGUAUAUAAAUAAAGGCCCCGACCGCGCUGCUGCUGUAAUUGAAUCAACUUCCACAAACAAAGGAGACCCAGCUACACACGAUGAAAUAAAAAGCUAUCUUGAUUGCAGCUACAGAAGCAUGUUGGAGAAUAUUUGA